UUUCUUGACUACGUCACAAGGCGCAGCAGCCAAUCAGAAGGCUGACUGCUGGCCACAUCCCUUUCCUUCCUACACAAAGGCUGCGGGCUGUACCAGCUUCAGCCACAUCUUUUCCGAAGAUGUCGGAAAGUGAUCCCAGCGCUACUGAGGAGCAGAUGUCUGAAAAUGAGAACUCACAAGAAAAUCGUAAGAUCUCCACCAUGUUUUAUAAAGAAGAACGCUUGUCAAAGAAUGGAAGAAUCAACACUGCAGCAUCUGAUUAUGAAGAUUCCAACAAAGAAAUCGUAAUGAGCAGUGAAUUAGGAAAACCAUGCGCAACGUCAAAUCAAGAAGCCGAUAAGAUACCCUCAGAAAAGUAUGUUUACAACAUUCAAGACCGUUCUGAGAUGACUUACACCAGAAUGGUAGACAACUGCUACAACAUUUUUAACUCCACAGACCCAAAAGCUGGAAAUUUGUUGGAAAUGACUACGUAUCUUUGCAUAGACUGCGGCAAAAGCUUCACAGACAGUGCUCUUUUUUUGAAGCACCAAAAGACCCAUACGGGUCAAAAAUCGCACGCUUGUAAUGUUUGCGGUAAGACAUUCUCCUAUAACUCACACCUUGUCAUACACCAAAGGAUUCAUGCUGGUGAGAGACCAUACUCUUGUUCCUAUUGUGAGAAAUGUUUCACAGACCGGCCGUCUCUUGUGAAACACGAGAGGAUCCACACGGGUGAGAAGCCCUUUGCGUGCACGGUUUGUGGAAAAAGCUUUACGGACAGGUCAAAUCUAGUGAAGCAUCAUCGGAUUCACACCCGUGAAAAGUCCUUCACUUGCAUCGAGUGCGGGAAAAGUUUUACAGACCGGUCAAAUCUUGUUAAACAUCAAAGGAUCCACACUGGAGAAAAGUCAUUUGAAUGCAGUGAAUGUGGGAAGAGGUUCACCGAGAACUCUACCUUGGUAGUCCAUCGUAGAAGCCACACUGGAGAGAAGCCCUAUGCAUGCAAGGAGUGCGGAAAGACCUAUUCCUGUAACUCUCAUCUGAUUGUGCAUCGAAGAACUCACACCGGAGAACGACCAUUCGUUUGCCGGGAAUGUGGAAAAAGCUUCACUGACAGCUCAACCCUUGUGAUCCAUCAACGGGUCCACACUGGAGAGAAACCGUUCGUGUGCAUGACUUGUGGAAACAGGUAUACAAAAAAGUCAGCUAUGGUGAAACACCAGAGGACUCACACUGGGGACAAACCGUUUGCUUGCUUGCAAUGUGGAAAAAGUUUCAUUGACAGUUCAUCUCUGAUGAAACACCAGAGAACUCAUACAGGUGAAAAACCUUUUGCCUGCGUUCUGUGCGGGAGGACCUUUGCUGCCAGAUCGACACUGGUAAGGCAUCAGAUGACCCAUACCGGAGAGAAACCGUAUACAUGUACAGUAUGUGGGAAAUGCUUCUCCUGUAACUCUCACCUCAUUGUCCAUCAACGCUUCCACACUGGAGAGAAACCAUUUCCAUGCACAGAAUGUGGUAAAAGCUUUACAGAUAGCUCGACCUUGGUCAAACACCAGAGGAUACAUACAGGAGAAAGGCCCUAUGUGUGUAACUACUGCAACAAAAGCUUUAUAGACAACUCAACCUUAAUCAAACACCAAAGAAUUCACACUGGGGAGAAGCCAUAUCCUUGCAAGGUCUGUGGAAAGUGUUUUUCAGAUAGUUCGACUUUGGUUAAACACCAACGAAUUCACACUGGGGAAAAACCGUACAUGUGUAAAGACUGCGGAAGGAGCUUUACAGAUUGUUCGACACUAAUCAAACAUCAAAGAAUCCAUCGGAGAGAUAAGCAACCAGCUAGCACACUAGAUCUGAAAAGAGACCUCGGACAAUCAGUGACAGCCACCGCGAAUGAGGUGAAGACCUAAAUGUGCAUCAAGGAGCUGAUGUCAGAUACUUGUUAAUGCCUAUGCCUUAUUUCAGAGAUGAAGAACUAACAUGAUUGUGAAUCUUACUGACCCAUCAUCUCAUACAUUUCUUUUAUCAGAUCGACCUAAAUUUAUGUCAUGAUGGCUCCCAAUUUGUGUUAUUCCAUAGACUUAAAAAAAAAAAAAAAAAAAGCCCAUACCUGAAUUAAUACGUCUCAAUUAUGGAUAUUGUUGACUUCUGUCCAACUUGUGGUUGACAUUAUCCAUGGUUGUGUGGAUUUGGCCAAGGCUAUAUUACAUUGAUUAUGACCGCGUGAUGAACCUUUAGACCAUUUGGCCUCUAAUAUUUUUAAGCUAUGAAUAUACUUUACUGUGCUCUUACCUUUUCAACGUGUUAGGUGACACCAGUGUUAAAGUAACCAGGCUGUAAACCUGGUGAAUUGAAGUAUUAAUUGAACUAUAAAUUAUACAUUUUAUACUUGUAGCUUCUAUCCAGAUGAUAUGGUCUUCAACAGUUGUGACUACCAUGAAUUGUAGACCCACCUCAACAGAAAAAUCUUUCACUUACUUUUUAUUAUAAUAAUUCUUAGGAAAAGUGGUGGAGAAAUUCUAUGUUUUCACAUUAGUUGCCUAAAAUACAUUUUUUCUUUGGCCUUAAACUUUCGGAGCUGGACUUAAAAUUAGUGUAUGAAGAAGAUAUUGUGUAUAAAAAGCAAAAUAAAGCCAGUGUAUGAAGGACCAGCUGUUUGCCAAUAUGUGCAGUCUUUCAUAAGUCUAAAGUUCUCAGAAGGUCUGGGCAAGCACGAGGUCAUUGCAUCUUGGGGAAAGUAUGCACUUCAGUUUUGACUAUAACUAAGCCUGAUAGGCAAAGUAAUAUAAAGCUAGAUGAUGAAAAUCGAUGUCUUGAAACAAAGCAUAUGAUAUGAGUCCGAUCUUGGGUGAGCGUGAACCAAGUAACGGAGAACAAAAAGAGAGACUGAGGAAAGGGGUUGAAUGGACAUCAUUGGUGCUUCCAUCAUCCAGAUGAUAGAUCUUUAAGAUGUCAUGUUGGCUCUUAAAGGGAAUAUGUCACAUCUGCUAUGCUGCACUUUAAGGGGGGCAUUCACAUUAGUCUAACAUCAGUUGAAGCUGCCAGUUAUGGUAGGACAUCCAGACAGCGUAAUGUGUAUUAGAUGUUUCCUCAACGUUUCUUCAGCGGAUGUCAGGAGGAGAAGGAUCGGGCCUCUUGAACUUCAGCAUGUGAACACAUGUACACUUGGCGUGCAUGUAUAUGUGAAGGGAAGGGGUUAUAGCUGUCAGAUCCAAGAGUGUUUAGAUGAUGGGGUAUCAAAGGUGUAUGGCCACUUUUACAUGGCACGUGCUGAGGUAAAUACCGUAGCUGUGUCUCCACUUUUUUUUUUUUUUUUUUUUAAACUGUAUAGCACAGUAGCAAACAUAUAAAUUACGGUAAUAUUAUCACUGGCGUAAAUAACAGCACCUAUUUGUAUGAACAUUGAUUUGGAUGGUAAUUUGGAGCCACACAGUGUCCCUAUGAUAUGACAGAUCACAAGCAGAAGUUGUCAUAGGAACCUGAAAGUACCAGAUAUUACUAUCUACAGGCAAACAGGAAAGUGCUACAGAAUCUAGCAAGUAUGACUUUAUAUGAGCUCACUAGGCAGCACAUCACCCUUAGGCUACAUGCACAUGACCGUAUGUGAUUUGCGAUCCGCAAAAAAAAACGGAUGCCAUCCGUUUUUUUUUUGGUGGAUCCAUUGUAACAAUGCCUAAAACGGAC